CGCCCGCUCGCCGCCUCCUCGCCGUCCUCCGCUGCUUGUUGGUUAUUAAAAGUAACCAGGCUGUCAGGCCCGUCCCUCUGGCCAGAUGGAUCCCUGUACCCCGAAGCCCCUCGCGGAAACCGCCGGCAAAGACAUAUGGCAUCCAGGAGAAAGAUGUCUUGUGCCUUCUCCAGAUACUGAAAAACUUUGUGAAGCAAGCAUAAAAUCUGUCACAGUUGAUGAAAAUGGGAAGUCAUUUGCAGUUGUCUUAUAUUCAGAUUUUCAAGAAAGGAAAGUACCUCUUAAAAGACUUCAAGAAGUAAAAUCUGUUAAAGAUUGCUCCAGGAAUUUCAUAUUUGAUGAUGAAGAUUUAGAAAAACCUUAUUUCCCAGAUCAAAAAUUUCCAUCAUCUGCUGUUGCUUUUCAAUUGUCUGAAGAUGGAGACUCCAUUCCUUAUACUAUUAAUAGAUACUUGCGAGACUAUCAAAGGGAAGGAGCCCAGUUUCUUUAUGGACACUUUAUCCAAGGGAGAGGGUGUAUUCUUGGUGAUGACAUGGGACUUGGAAAAACAGUGCAGGUUAUGUCAUUUUUGGCCGCAGUUUUGCAUAAAAAGGGAACUCGUGAGGAUAUUGAAAAUAACAUGCCAGAGUUUUUACUAAGAAGCCUGAAAAAGGAACCCCCUUCUUCUAUAGCAAAAAAGAUGUUCUUAAUAGUUGCUCCUCUUUCUGUCCUGUACAACUGGAAAGAUGAAUUGGACACCUGGGGUUAUUUCAGAGUCACUGUAUUACAUGGUAACAAGAAAGACAAUGAACUGAUUCGUGUAAAGCAGAGGAAAUGCGAGAUUGCUCUAACAACUUAUGAAACACUGCGCUUAUGUCUGGAUGAACUUAACAGCUUGCCAUGGUCAGCUGUCAUUGUGGAUGAAGCUCACAGAAUCAAGAAUCCAAAAGCUAGAGUAACAGAAGUUAUGAAAGCUUUAAAAUGUAAUGUUCGCAUUGGCCUCACUGGAACCAUUCUUCAGAACAACAUGAAAGAACUGUGGUGUGUUAUGGACUGGGCUGUGCCAGGACUAUUAGGUAGCAGGAUCCAGUUCAAGAAGCAGUUUUCUGAUCCAGUAGAACAUGGUCAGAGACACACAGCAACAAAAAGAGAACUAGCUACUGGCCGAAAAGCCAUGCAAAGGCUUGCAAAAAAGAUGUCAGGAUGGUUCCUGAGGCGUACAAAAACUUUAAUCAAGGAUCAGUUGCCUAACAAGGAAGACCGGAUGGUGUAUUGUUCUCUGACGGAUUUUCAGAAAGCUGUCUAUGAAGCAGUAUUAGAAACAGAAGAUGUGACUUUGAUACUUCAAUCCUCUGAUCCUUGUACCUGCAGCAGUGGCCGAAAAAGGAGGAAUUGUUGUUAUAAGACCAAUUCACAUGGUGAAACAGUGAAAACCUUGUAUUUCAGUUACCUUGCUGUCCUUCAGAAGGUAGCUAACCACGUCGCAUUACUACAGGCUGCAAGGACAUCCAGACAACAGGAAACACUGAUCAAAAGGAUAUGUGAUCAGGUAUUUUCCAGAUUCCCAGAUUUCGUGCAGAAAAGCAAAGAUGCAGCCUUUCAAACACUUUCUGACCCAAAAUACAGUGGGAAAAUGAAGGUCCUUCAGCAGCUUUUAAACCAUUGUAGGAAAAACAAAGAUAAAGUUCUUCUCUUCUCCUUUUCCACCAAGUUGCUUGAUGUGCUGCAGCAAUACUGUAUGGCAUCUGGGCUUGAUUACCGACGACUUGAUGGAAGUACAAAAUCAGAGGAAAGAAUCAAGGUUGUGAAAGAGUUCAACAGUACACAAGAUGUUAACAUUUGCCUUGUCUCCACAAUGGCUGGUGGACUAGGCCUCAAUUUUGUUGGUGCCAAUGUUGUUGUAUUAUUUGACCCUACUUGGAAUCCAGCCAAUGAUCUUCAAGCCAUUGACAGAGCAUAUAGGAUUGGGCAGUGCAGGGAUGUGAAAGUGUUUAGGCUGAUAUCCUUGGGAACUGUGGAGGAGAUCAUGUACUUACGACAGGUAUACAAGCAGCAACUUCACUGUGUGGUGGUUGGAAGUGAAAAUGCCAAGCGAUAUUUUGAAGCAGUUCAAGGAUCAAAAGAGCAUCGAGGAGAGCUUUUUGGGGUCUCUAAUCUCUUCAAAUUAAGGUCCCAAGGGUCUUGUCUUACGAAGGACAUCCUGGAGAGAGAAGGCCAAGUGGAAGCAGGGAUCCUGACAGCUACAACAUGGUUGAAAGAGGAGCCUCCAGGACACAAACUAGAAACACCUAGAGAGCCUGACUGUCAAGAACACAGAGGUCCAGAACAAUCUGUAGAACCACUGGCAAAAGAAGCAUGUGGUCUCUGCAGUGAUUUUAGCGAUGAUGAAUCAGUGGAAAACUCAAGAGUAAAGCCUGCUAAAAAUAAAGCAUCUGACUCAAGUAAAGCUUCAGGGUCUUCUGGACAGCUUACCUUACUCCAGUGUGGUUUCUCUAAAUUGCUUGAGACAAAAUAUAAAGCAGUUGAGGAUAGCGAUAAAAACAUUGCAUCUGACGAUGAAAGUUCUGAUGAACAGCCCACAUGCCUUUCAACAGAAACCAAAGAGGUUGGUUGUCAGAAAAGUCAAGACUCUCUUGGUACUUCAGAACAUCAAAAAUUAGCUAACAUCCUGAAUCCAAAUAAAAACUGUACUUUUGAUAAAAGUGAGAAGAUUUUAGAGCAGAACAUUUCUUCCAAGUCUGAUGAUGAGAAAAAUUUAAAAAAUACAGCUGACCACCAUUGCAUUUUACAGAAUGCCACAGAAUCAGAAGAUAGUGAUGUCAUCUUUCCCACACAAUAUGCAAUUCAGAAAUUUUCUAUGAAUAGUACAGGGCUUCAGCCCCUUGUCGAUGGAUCUGAAGAUUCUGAAACAGAAAACCCUGUAAAAAUAAGAAAUGAUGGUGAAGAUAGAAACACUGAUGUCAGAGGAAGUGGACUAAUUUCAAAACAAUUAAGUCCUGAGAACAUGACCCUGAAAUCUGUUAUGAAAAGAAAAGGCAGUAGUGAUAUCAGUGAUGAGUCUGAUGACAUUGAAAUUUCCUCCAAGUCAAGAGUAAGAAAACAAAGAGCUACUAGUUCUUUGAAGUUCAAGAAGAGAAAGGAAAAUAAAAGGAAACUUUACACUUUUCCUAAAACAAUGAAGAAAGCAAACCAACUGUGUGCAACAGACAAAGAUUGUAACUCUCAGACUAUUGAUGACUUUCCAUCCUCAGAUGAUGAUUUUUCUGUUAGCCACAUCAGUUUCUCUAAACAGAGACUUAGACCAAAAACUAUAAAAGAUAGAAUCGAUUUCUCUUCAAAAUUGCCUAGCCAUAAGAAAAAUAGCACUUUUGUACCAAGAAAAGCAAUGAAAUUUUCAAAUGAGAGAGUUGUCAAUCAAGAGCAGACGUAUGAAUCAAUGGAUAAAUUUUUAGAUGGUGUUCAGGAAGUGGCUUACAUUCACUCAAACCAGAAUGUUAUUGGAUCAAGCAAAGCUGAAAAUCACAUGAGCCGAUGGGCAGCACAUGAUGUGUUUGAAUUGAAGCAGUUUUCCCAGCUUCCUGCUAACAUAGCUGUUUGCACUUCUAAGACAUGUAAAGAAAAAAUGAAGGCAGAUACAUUGACACAUUCAAAGAAAGAACAACAAGCAAGUGAAGGAGGCAUUUCAUCUCCCCUUUACAUUUCACACCCUGUGAGCCAGAAGAAGAAAAAAGUCUACCGUACAGACCAGACCACCUUUAUAAUUGGAGAAACACCAAAAGGGAUCCGCAGAAAACAAUUUGAAGAAAUGGCUUCGUAUUUUAAUUUGUCUCCUAUAAAGGAAUUUGCUAACCAUAUAACUCAUGCCACAUCAGAAGAACGACAGAAAAUGCUAAGAGACUUUUAUGCUUCUCAGUAUCCAGAGGUAGAAGAAUUUUUUGUGGAUUCUGCUGUAGAAAUCAUUAAACCCGCCUGUGAGGAAGGAAAGAGAGUCAGGAGUAAGUCUGAAAAGAGAGAACCUCUUAUAAGAGAAAGGCUUCCAGAUUCUGAAACUUUGUCAUUUAAAGAUUCAACCAAAAAAACUCAAAUUUGCAACCCAAAAACAUGUGAAGAAAAAUCAAUUAAGCCUCAGAAUCAUGGUUUCUGUAAAGAGGUGCUUUCUAAUGAUGCAGAAACUAAGAAAUUACCUCUAAGCUCUACCCAAGAGACUGACAAUGGGAAAAACAGCCAAGUAUCCAAAGAUACUAUAGCAUCCAGUUUCCUGAACAGUAAGUCUGGAGCAUAUGAGACAAAGUUAGAAAAUACCAUGAAAGAACAGCAGGACCUCACAAAAAUGGGCAUUUCAAGAAAUGGGCCCCUUUUCAAAGUGGAAAACAAAAAGAUAGAAAAUCCAGUGUUAGAAAACUCUUCUGUGGUAGGUUUACUCGGUGACACCUCUAUUCUUGAUGACCUCUUUAAAAGUCACGGGAACAGUCCCACACGACUGCCAAAGAAAGUUCUUUCAAGGCCCAUGGAAAAAGCAAAACAGAGACCAAAAGAUUUCUGGGACAUCUUGAAUGAGCAGAAUGACGACAGUCUCAGUAAACUCACCGACUUGGCAGUGAUAGAGACUCUCUGUGAAAAAGUGCCCCUCGCUGCCGCCUCCAAAAGGAAAGAGGAGUUAGAAGCUUCUCUUUGGAAAUCAAAUGAGAACUUUUUGUGGAAAAAGUUUAACUCAAGUGAUUCAGAGGAAAACACAAGUAAUACGCAAGAAUAAACAUACAAAUGAAGUACUUCACAUCUGCUGUCAAUCUUUACAAUCCUGUGUUCCACACUAAUUAUGGUAACUUGAACACACUUGUCAACAUCUAUUUUUAAACUCUGGCUCAUUUUUUCAAGUCUAAAAUGUUUUUUUCAAGUCUAAAAUGUUAUCAUGUGUUUGUUUUCCUUGUUAUUUUAUCUGAUUUUUUUGAAAAUGUGAUUUUAUUAUAGUAUAAAUCUCUGUUAUGGAAUGGAAAAGAUUCUGUAUUUAUCAGGGGACCUGGGGCAUCUUGCUGUGUAAUUAUGUGGCCUGUGUAAGUCACUUACCCUGGAGUACAGCUGUUUGCUAAUAGGCAAGAUGAAGGGCUUGAACUUGAUCAACAUAAGCAUCUUUGUAAUUUAAAAAACUUUGGUUCACUCUCCCGAAUUCUGUUACCAUAUUUCCCCAUGUAUAAGAUGUACCUUAACUUUGGGGCCCGAAAUUUGAAAAAAAAUGUAUUAUAUAAA